UAUGAUAAAAUUAUCUGCUACUUAUUUUAAGAAGAAAGAAUUAAUAAGUAUAAAAAAUUCACCAAUUGGAUCAAUAUCUAAUUAAGAUAAGAAAUUUAGAUCAAUAAGUUUCUCAGAGAUCAAAUAGAAUAAAGAUAAUAAAAAGUAAUCUUCAUAGAUAUAUGAUGAGGAACUUACAAAGAGGUUUGAUCAUUUAUUAUCAUCUCCUCGAUUAAAAUUAGAAGUUAGUGAAAGUAUAGGUGCAGAACUAUCUAGUAGAGUAUAACCAAAAUAGAUAUAAUUAUGUUUAAUUUGUUAUGAGAAGGAAAGCAAUAUGAUUAAUUAGCCAUGUGGUCAUGGAGGAUUUUGUUAGGAAUGUUCAUAAUAAUUAUUGGCCAAGAGUGAUUUAUGUUUAUUGUGUAGGAAACCUGUGACUCAUGCAUUAAUAAUUUAAGGAGUUGAAAAUAGGGAAAGUUUAGUUGAAGUUGUAGGUUUCUUUUAAGAUGCAAAGAAGUAAUGA